GCCAUUGAACUGAACCAACAAAAUGUGGUCCGAUUUCUUGUCAAACAGAAUGUGAAUCAAUUGAAGACCGAUAUCUACGGCCGAAACGCCCAACAAAUGGCCAUACAUUUCGGUAAUCCAGAAGUUCUCGAUGUUUUGCGACAAUCGUUAAUACAGGCCGAAUCGACCGGUUCUCUGGCCAAUGAAAGCAAAGUAUUGGUACUAUUCUCGGGCGGAACCAUCGGAAUGAUGAAGAACCAUAAGGGAGUAUAUGCGCCAAAAGCUGGUGCUUUGGUUCCGGCCCUCCGAAAGUACCCCCAACUCCACGAUCCGGAAUAUGUGAUCAAACAUAUGAAAAUGCCUGAGAAUCAGUCACCACUUGUCUUACCAGAUACGGGCGAAUCAAGUCGUGUCGUGUACACCAUCUAUGAAUAUGAGCCGCUGUUGGACUCAUCCAACUUCACGGUUGACGACUGGAUCACUAUCGCACUCGAUAUACAGCGAAAUUACCAUCACUUCAACGGUUUUGUUAUACUUCACGGAACCGAUACAAUGUCAUACACGGCGUCCGCUCUGUCCUAUAUGUUGGAGAAUUUAGGCAAAACAGUGGUCAUAACCGGGAGUCAAAUCCCAUUGUUUGAGCCCCGAAGCGAUGGCCGCGAAAACUUACUUAAUUCGUUGAUAAUUGCGGGCAAUUAUUGUAUACCAGAAGUGACGAUACUAUUUAACAAUAAACUCAUGCGAGGGAACCGCACCUGUAAAGUGUCCACAAGUCAUUUGGACGCAUUUGAUUCGCCAAAUAUGGCCCCUUUGGUCACAAUCGGCAUCACUAUUAAUGGUAGGAAAAUCAGAGAUAAAUUAUCAGUUCGGGCCUUCUUAACACAUCCAAUAGAGGGUGUAGUUCUCCAGACAUACGGCGCCGGGAAUGCGCCGUCCAAUCGGCGCGAUAUUCUGGAAGAGUUCCGUAAAGCCACAGAUCGGGGCGUUAUUAUUGUUAAUAUAACCCAAUGCUGGAGCGGACAAGUGGUGGCCAGUUAUGAAACGGGCAACGCUCUCGUCGAGGCCGGAGUCAUAUCCGGUUCCGAUAUGACACCCGAGGCCUGUCUCACCAAACUUUCAUAUGUCUUGAGUAAACAAGAGUGGGAUAACAAACAGAAGAGAAAAAUAAUUGAAAGCAAUUUGUGCGGAGAAUUGAGCACUUAUUUGGACACAAAAUACGAAGACAUUGAGCUGAUCCGCGGAAUCGCUCAAUCGUUACGAGUGUCGACCGGACAGGAGAUGCAGGCGUUGCGGAACGCCUUAUACCCGGCCAUUGUGUGCGCCAUCGCAGCCAAAGGCGAUGUCAAUGAACUGGAAAAACUUCGAGAGUCAUCGGCGGUGGACCUGUCGUCGCCCGACUAUGAGCUCCGGACACCGCUUCACACCGCCGUAUCCAAUGGUCACAAAGAGGUUGUCGAGUAUCUAUUGAGCGAAGGAUCUAAUGUUCACGCGAAGGACAAGAACCACGAGACACCCUUACAGAUAGCCAUCCGACACGAUCUCAAAGAAAUUGUGGAGAUGUUAUUACUGGCCGGCGCUCACCUCGAUAUACAACCCAUACGGGCGGCCAAUUUGGCCACAAAAGCCGCGGCCAAAGGCGACGUCACCCGACUUGAAACCCUGUGUAUGGCAGGCGUUGAUUUCAACCAAGUGGACUCAUUCGGUAGGACACCAUUACACGUGGCCAUUGAACUGAACCAACAAAAUGUGGUCCGAUUUCUUGUCAAACAGAAUGUGAAUCAACUGAAGACCGAUAUCUACGGCCGAAACGCCCAACAAAUGGCCAUACAUUUCGGUAAUCCAGAAGUUCUUGAUGUUUUGCGACAAUCGGUUUAAUCUGUAAACUCAACACAAUAUCAAUCAGAAUAUUUAAAACAAUAUAUUGUUAUUAUUGUCCGAUUUAUUAGUUAAUCCAUUAGUUAAUCGUUGGAUAAGAAAUAUCUAAUUUAUUUAUUACCAAUCAUUUAUCAUUACCGUAUUUUUAUUAAUAUAAAUUCAAUUAAAUUCUUGUUAAAAUUUAGAAAAAAUAAAGACAAUUAUUUAAUUAA